AUGCCGAUCAACUCACAAGACACCGGUGUGACAGGCGCUGCCAAAUUCGUCACAUCUACACUGGGCAAUACAGUCGGGGGCGUCACUCGUACGGUCGGGGGCGUCACUGGAGCCGCAACCCGUGGCGUGGGGGACACUCUCACCGGCGCUACUGGAAGUGCUGGAAAACCUGUUGGCGAUGCUAUUGGUAGCGCUGGGACAGGCGUUGAGGAUGGCGCAAACCGGAUUGCAAGAGGUGUGGAGGAUGCUGGACAAUGGAGAUAA